AUGUUGGCGUCAUGCUGCAGCUGGUUCUGUUUAGACUCAGCUGGAGUUGAUCAGCUGUCUGCAGAAGAGCGUCGUCACCAGUCUUACACAAACUCAGGGUUCAACAGCCAGGCGCCGCCCCCCCCCUCACCUGAACUCACCUGUAAGGCCUGCGGGCGGGAACUCGACACACCUGCCGAGAAGCAUGUGUGUGUGGACUGUAAGAAAGACUUCUGCAACCGAUGCUCCACCCACCUGGAGCCCCGCCCACGCCUCUGUCACACCUGUCAGCGUUUCUACGGCAACCUGCUAGAGAGGGCGGAGCUAAUGAAGAUGAAGGUGAAGGAGCUGCGGGAUUAUCUGCACCUGCACGAGGUUUCCACGCACCUGUGCAGAGAGAAGGAGGAGCUUGUGGAGCUCGUCCUCGGCCGGCAGCCUUCACCAUCUUCCCCCCCCGACACCAUGACCUCUGACCCCCCGUCGGUGACCUUUGACCCCCCUGAUGUCGCCGCCUCGCCUCCAGACCCCCCCGCCCCGACACCUGAACCCCCCGCUGCAGAGCCGGAAGCCCCGCCCCCUCCCACAGGCCCCGCCGCAGAGCCCGAGGUUCAGGAAGAAGACCAGGCGUGGGACCCGGAGGAGGCGCCUGUGUCCGGCCGCCGGGCGUCGCUCUCAGACCUGAGCAGCGUGGACGACAUCGAGGCGCUCAGCGUCCGGCAGCUGAAGGAAAUCCUCGCCAGAAACUUCGUGAACUACAAAGGCUGCUGUGAGAAGUGGGAGCUGAUGGAGCGGGUGGUCCGGCUGUACCAGGACCAGCAGAACCUCCAGGCUGCCAGCGCUGUGAACGCCUCAGAGUCCGCUGGUGCUGGUUCUGGUUCUGCCGGUCCGGAGGAGAACCUCUGUAAGAUCUGUAUGGACUCUCCCAUCGACUGCGUGCUGCUGGAGUGUGGUCACAUGAUCACUUGCACAAAGUGCGGCAAGAGGAUGAGCGAGUGUCCGAUCUGCCGGCAGUACGUGGUGCGAGCCGUCCACGUCUUCCGGUCCUGAGCGCAUCCCGACCCAAACCCGGACCGUCUCCAAAGCAAUACAACUGGGAAUACAUCUUCCUGAAGGGACCUCCUCCUCCUCCUCCUCCUCCUCCUCCUCCUCCUCCUCCUCCUCCUCCUCCUCCUCCUCCUCCUCCUCCUCC